AUGAUUGACGUCUACAAAAGUUCUCUCUAAUAUAAUAGAGAUAGAUCCUUCAUCAUUUUAGUAAUGUUGAUAUUGAUGGCAAAUGCAAGUUAUAUGAUGAUGAUACCACUUUUUCCUCCAUUAAUAAAAGAAAAGGGAUUCACAGAAGCUGGAAUUGGUAUUAUUAUGUGUUUUUACCCACUUGGAUGCAUAUUAGCUUCCUAUAUGUUGGGGAAAAUGCAUAGUACUAAAAAAAUCAUUUUAUAGGGUUUAUUAGGUUAGUUGAUUAUAUCAAUUAUUUUGGGGAUUUCAUAUUUUUUGAAUGGACCUCUUUUUUUUAUUCUUUCAUCAAUUUUAAGAUUCUUGUAAGGAAUUGUAAAUAUAUCUAUUAAAUAUUUAGUCAAAUACCAUGAUUUAGGUACCUUCAUAUUCAAUAACUGGACACUUAUUUUCAGAACAAAUUUCAGAAAAAAUUGCCAAAUUAGAAAUGGCCUGCAACUUUGGUUUAAUUUGCGGUCCUUUGAUAAGUGGUGUUCUAUUUAUUCUAGGAAAUAUUUAUAGCUUUAAUACUUUUCAAUAUUCCUUAUAUUUUGUGGCAUUCUUAUACUUUUUCAUAGCUAUUUGUGUAAUGUUAUUUCUUGAUGAAAGGAUAUUCAACAUCAAUCAAGAGCAACAAGAUGUUUAAAUCAAUUAUUAUGAAGUUUUUAAAAUUCAUGAAUUGAAUGUGACAUUUACUUCUUAUUUCUUCUUAGGAGUAACUGCAUAAGCAUUACGUACUUAUUUAGUAAUAUAUAUCAAUUGAUAUUAGUCUGUUUAAUUAUUGGAAGUUUAUAAUCUAGAUGAUGCAAAUUCUUAAUUCCUAUUUAUGAUUUACACUUUUGUAAGCUUCUUUGGAGCUUAUUAUAUAGCUGAAUAGAAAAAGUAUACUUUAAAUUAGCUUUAUACCUACUGCCUCUAUGUUGGAGCUAUUAGUCUUUUACUUUAUGGUCCAUCUAUGAUAGGAUUACCAUAGUCUAUUUAUAUUAUUUGUUUUGCAGAUGUAAUAAGAGGAAUAGGAAUUGGAUCAGCGUAAUUCUUUUUUUAAUUUCUAGACCUGCUAUUAUAAUGCCUUUAUUUGUUUAAAUUAUGGAGAAAAAUAAACACAAAGAUUAAGCAGCCGAGGUUGGUUCAACUCUUUUGAUUGCAGGAUGGUCAUUAGGAGAUUUAAUUGGACCUAUUAUAGGAGGAAUAUUUAUAGAUUAAGUAGGUUUUGAUAAAACUAGUGUAAUAAUGAGUGGAGCUUUAUUUGUUAUAGCCUUUAUAUAUUAAAAUACUAGUCAUAUCGAUUAAGAAUAAUAAGGAAUAGAGUUGCAGAUUCUAAUUCAUUGAUG